CAUCAACAAGAAGCUCUGCUUUGAAAAGAGAGGUGGGCUCCCAUGCCUGGAACAACAAGGAAGAAGAAAACACUACAGAGAAAAGUCCAGAGUUCAUGAGGGUCUUGGUCUGUUGACAGACAGCUAUAACCAGAAUGUGUGCGCUUCAGAAAAGCUCCCUGAAUUGUAAGUGACAUGCUGGCAAAGCUGAACAACUGAUCACCAGAUACUGGCAUAGUGUUAAACAUGGCUUCUGAGGCUGCUCAGAAUUUCCUUCAGCCACUGUCGUCUUGGAUGUCUCAAAUAUAUGAAGCUAUCCAACAAGCAGGAGACUCUAUAUCUGCUUCACUGCUGAAUUUGAGUGGAGUGGGUCGUAAGUCAGAAGAAGAGAGGAACCAGGACUUGGAGAAUAAUGGAGGAGUUUAUGAGGAUUAUUCUGAGGAAUCGGAUGAUGAACAACACUUGGACCUCUGGGAUGAGGAAUACUUAUAUCCUAGAGAUGUUCACAUUGGGGGUCCUGAUCUUGCUUCACAAGACGUCCCUCAUGGCUCUGACAUGGGUCAGCAGAGGCAAAACCAGGUUAAAAAUAUCAGAGGCUUACCAGAGCAGUGUGUUGAAAGCUCCAGGUCUUUGACAGCCAAUGGAUCCUACUGGACAAAUGAAGAUCUCCAGCCACUUGAUCGACUUCCUCCCAUCGCUGAGGAAGAAGGUGAGCCCUCCAUGAAGAUGGGAGGUCAUCAGCACAACCUCAGCUUGGGUGGCUCCUUAAAAAGUAACAAUGGCAAGGCAAGUUUUGCAGAUCUGGAUGGACUAAGCCAACUGAGUUACCAAGACAACCUAUCCUGUCGUGAAGAUGACCAUGUAUCUGUUGAUUCAACAACAACAACUGAGAGUAGGGGCACUGGGCAACAUAAAGGGCCUAGGAUGGAGUCUGUCGUUGCCGAUGGCAUUAGCCAGCAAGCCACAGAAGGAUGUUUGGAAAUGGAGACAGCAUUUACCAACCAGGGAUUUGAAGUAAACGAUGCUACUGACAGCUCAUCGGCUUGGAGCCCUGAGGAACAUAAUGAAGUGAACAGUGUACCAGCUCAUCAUGGUGCUCAUGAGCCUAUCUGUAAAUGUGGUGAUCUAGAGGUCAUCUUCAACUAUAAAGCCUCAAGUCAAAAGCUAGUAGUUACUGUCUUGGAGGCCAGGGAUAUCCCAGACAAAGACCGCAGUGGUGUGAACACCUGGCAAGUGCACACAGUCCUGAUGCCUAGCAAGAAACAGAGGGGUAAGACAAGUGUUCAGAGAGGACCCAUCCCCAUGUUCAAGGAUAAAAUUACCUUCAGUAAGCUGGAGCCGGAGGCGUUAAGCAGCCACGCCAUUCGUUUCCGCCUCUAUGCGGUGCACAAGAUGGUUGGAGAGAAGAUGAUGGGAGAGCAGUUGUUCUACCUGAGCAACAUCAGCCAGGAAGGGGAAGCGAAGGUGACAUUGGUCUUGGAGCCAAGGAGUAACUUGAGCAGUGCAGACUCUCAGCUUAGUCUGUCAGCAAUCUCUCACAGUGAUAGCGCUUCUUCAACACAGUCCCUGUCGCAUGGAGGGGUGCCAGAGCUGCUCGUGGGAUUGUCGUACAAUGCCACUACGGGGCGGCUGUCAGUGGAGAUGAUCAAAGGCAGUCAUUUCCGAAACCUCGCAAUUAAUAGGCCACCUGACACCUAUGGAAAGCUCUGCCUGCGCAACUCUGUGGGUCAGGAGAUGUCUCGCUGCAAGACCUCCAUCCGUCGAGGACAGCCCAACCCUGUCUACAAGGAAACUUUCAUCUUCCAGGUUGCCCUCUUCCAGCUCUCUGAUGUCACGCUAAUGAUCUCCAUAUACAACAGACGCAGCAUGAAGCGCAAAGAGAUGAUCGGCUGGAUUUCCAUGGGUCAGAACAGCAGUGGAGAAGAAGAGCAAAGUCAUUGGCAGGAAAUGAAGGAAUCGAAAGGGACGCAGGUCUGCAGGUGGCACACACUACUGGAGUCCUAGUGGUUACCAGGGCAGCCUGAGGGUCCUGGGACUAUGGGCUGUAUUCCCUUGUUCUCAGUCAGCAGAAAACAGCUAUCCCAUGGCAAGCACCGUGCUCUGACAGUCACGUAUGCUUUAACCUGACUUCAUGUCAGCAGUCAUGAGUAUUAAAGGAGGAAAGGCCUGGGAAGCAAGUUUAGUUCCCAUCUUUCCAGGUUGUCCUGCGUUUUCUACAUUCAAAUAAUUAGCCCUAGGGAGAAGGAAUGGGAAUACCUACAAAAUCCUUUCCUUGGUUAGUGUCUUGCUCAUUUUGUCAUAGGCUUAAUCAUCACAGACUGAUUUUGAUGCUGCUUUCUUCUGGGGUAAACUCUCUCCUCCCUCCCUCCUCUUAUUUAUAUUAAUGAAGUUUGCAAAUAUUCUUGACACGCAGAUAGCUCCCAGAAAGGCUAACCUGCAUGCAGAUCACAUUCUCUCCCUUUUAUUAUUGUGUUUCUAAGUCCUAGAAAUAAGCAUUUGAUACCACUGUAGACUGGAUGAUAUAUUUUUCAGGCAGCAUGGGAAAGCACUCUUGAAUUCUCUGUCAACUUUUAAGUGCCUAGACAUUACUACUGUUCUCCUGUACUAACAGUUGAUAUUAGGACUAAACACUACCAGUAUUUUUAAUUAGGCAUCCUGUGCACUUGUUAGCCUGCGUUGCCAUAGGUUUGCACGAGAGAUAACUAGCAUCAGUUUUAUAUUACAAUUAUACAGUACAUGUUUAGAUGCUUAAUUGAAGUUCAUGGCUUCUGUCAUCAUGAAUACCAAAAAAGACCAGAACAAACUGCACAUCCACCUUUGUGCCUGAAUCACUCUUUUCUGCAGCAUUGUUUUGCCCAUGUGUUACUUUGUUUUUUAAAAGUGAGGUUCAUUCAGAAAAGCAUUUCUGUGAGCAUUUACACAGGAAAGCUUUAGAUCUGUGAUUUCUCUGCUAUUCAGUUAAGCACAAUUCAGUUUGCUGAGGGCUCUUCUUCAAAUGUGCUCUCCUGUAGUAUCUUCUCGGGCUCUGAAAGGGGACUGUUUUUGGCACACUGAGCAGUAGAGGAUGCCAGACCAUGUCACCUCAUCUUCGGGGCGAGCUCUCCUGCAGGCAAGGAGUAGGAUCCGGGGGACCCCCCUAGAGGGGCUGCUGGCUCUGCUGAACUAACAUCAGAGAGAAAUAUUAUGCUUCCUGCCUCUAACAGAAAACAAAGCAAGGAGCAGGCUUGCUGGAUGAGGUGGUGACACUUUUAUGUAGUUACUUUUCAGAGUAUAUUGUCAUUUUCCAUUUUAAUCUUUUUUCCUGUCUCUGUGAGUUGGAGUCAUGGAGACAAUGGAUAGGGGACAUGUCUUUGCUACUUGACUACUGAAAGUUUAGCAGUUGUUAGCUGUUGCAAUGCUGUACGUGACACAGCAGAGGAUGUUAAUUGUGUAGUAUAGUGAUGGUACAUAGGCAGUAGGUGCUGAGAUCUUCCAAUACUAUCAGCUGCCCAGUCUCCUGUUCCCCACGCUCUCUAAGAGAGGACUGGCAUUUCCCCAUUCCUGCAAGACACGGGAAAUAUUUUCCAGAAAAGGUUUGUCUGUACUGAAUCACUUCAUGUUUUGUUUUUGUCAUUUACUGAGACCUGGCACCAAAUUCUGCCUCCUGUUGCACCACAGCUGUCUCCUUCCCUUCAACGGUGCUGUGCAAAACUAACUAGUGCAUAUUUCGGCACUGGCUGUUUGACCAAAAUUGAACCUCAGUGCUGGUUUGCAUCACAUCAAGGCUAGCCAGACCCUGCGGGGCAGUGGUGUGAUACACACAGGUUAUCACUUGGUGUCAUACACACAGGCUUUGUCUGUCCUCAUGAGGCAGACAGAAUAAUCUGCAUGUAGAAGGACUUCUGGUAUAGGUGAUACAAAUUAUUCUACAGGCCAUGGGUUUAUAUAUUCUUAUCACUUACCUGUCUGAGCAUCAUUUUUCCGGUGAGACUGAUGGGUAUCCUAUGCAGGAGGGAUGUCCUCCACUGCCUAGAGAAGCUGGAAUAAUAUCUGCUUUGCACUACUGGGGCUUUGUAUCACAAAGCAGGAUCUAACCCAAAUGCAGCUCAGCAAACAAAUACAGUUUUGACUGCACUGUUAAUGCUGCUGUAUUACCAAUGCAAGAGAAAAUGAGUAUUUGAGUGGUAACCAGCAGAAUAGAAAUGUUUUUUUAUCAUGUACUUUUCUUCUGGAAAAGAAGUAAAGGAAACAGCCCAAUUCAAAACGUGCGUUUGCUGAUUUCAGUUGUUUUCAAUUCUCUGCAUCUUUUUUCCUGAACUGCAUAAAAUGUAUAUACAAGUGUUUCUAAGUAAUUUUAUUAUCUGGGAUGUCUAUGUAUAAUAAGCUUACUGAGAUUCUCUUCAUAAUUUCUUGAACCUGCAAAGAGUUGCUUAUGCUUACUGAUUAGCUAAGGGAAAAGUGUAAGUUGAUAAUAUGUUUCAGCAGUGAGCUGAAGAUAACCUAGCUUUAUAAUAGUGUGAUAAAAAAAAAUCCUUGGAAAAGAUAGUUUUAAAAAGCAAUGAAGUAAACUGGUUUUGGACUUCCAUGCUGUUCUCACAUCAAGAUCUUUUCUGAACAUACAGCAUUAAGGGAAUUGAAUUUUAAUAUAUAAUUUCAGUGUAGCAUAUUGAGAGUCAGAGAAAAGUAAGUGAAAAUAGCUUACUUGGAGUAAGUUAAUAUCUGAGCACAUAUUAAAACUUUGCACUCUGAUGGAAGCAGGUUGUUGCAUCCUUGCCACAACAUUUUGGCUUGAUGUUUUACCAGAAGAAUUUGGAGGGAAGGGAAAAGGGAUGAAGCGAGGGGAGCACUGGGGUUUUGGAGCUGCUGCUAAACCUGUUGGCACAUCCGUGCCUUGAGCAGUGCAUUUGUGGGGUUCAUUAAGUUCCUACUGAAGCAAUGGAGGAAUUUAGGAAUCUUGGGAUGAACACAGAGCUGGGGGUGCUCAUGCUUGCUACCUGUAUUUUGGGAUUUUUUUUUUUUGCUUUUGUGCUUUAUUUUUCUUUUCAGUAUUGACUGUCUGUUCAAUGAAGGCUUUGCAGCAGCUCUCCCAUAUUCCAGAGCUCCUGUAAUUCUUCCCAUUGACAGAUUGAAUUAGUCAUUGCUAAUAUUGAUACAAGCUGGGCUUGUGCUCAUGGUCUUUCUUAUGUAAAUACCACUGCCCUUUCAGUCACUGCUUUAACCCCUUGUUUCCUUGGGAAGUGGCUGACAAGACUGAAUUUCCAGAAAGGUUUCCAUUCCUUGGGAAUCUUGACUUGCAGUUGGCUCUCAGUUGGCAGUGAUCAGUAGACUUGGGGCCCUGUGCUCCACUGGCCUCCAUCCACGUGGAUGCCAAUGCUGAUGCCUGAUCUUGGCUUCUGUGGGGCUCCAAGUGGGGAGAAGAGCUGUGGGAAGGCCAUGGCGAGUUCAGCAAGCAGAAAAGGAACAGCUGACCUGGUUCUGAGAAUGCUCGGGCACUUGCAAGUCCAGAUUAUGGAGGUUUCCUAAUGCACUCAUGUUUUCUAAGUUAAUUCAUCCCUUUUUGACACCACUGUCUGGGAUCCCCUUAUAGCUUAUUUGAAUUUUCUUCUCUUAAAAAAAAAAAAAAAGCCUGAAAACCCACAAAACCAUUGUGUGGGAAGGAACUAACUACACUGGCAUAAGCCCGGAAUAUUGUGGGCAACUGGAUACAUCUCUGUAUCUCAAACAGUGGCGUUCAGCUAGUUGCAGUCUGUUCCUUCCUUGGUCUCUCUCCAGCCAGCACGCCCCUGUCCUGCUAGGCUCUCUGCUGUUAUUUUAUUUUUUUGUUUUUAAUGUGUAUCGACAACAGAACAGAAUGAUCUCACCACAUUUAUAUUCCCUGUAAUAAUGCUGACUUUCAACUGAUGCCCACAGAAAUGAGUACCUCUUUUAGCCCACUGAGCUACAGCUAUAGCUUACUGAAGUGCCCAUUUGUAGAGGCUUUAUCUGGAUGAUCUGCUACAUCAUUUGAUUUGUUUAGGUUUCCUUUUUACCGGUGUCUUUAAUUACCUGGACCCUGCUGUUGCCUGCUUGCUCCUGUCCCUCUGGCUUGUCUGCAUUUCCCUUGCAGGGUAACGUGGGUUGUGCAGCUGCUGGGACGCACGGACAAUACUUGGAUAUAUUUUUAGCAGCUGCAGAUCCCAAGAAGUUAUUUGGUGCUUUACAUAGUCGACUGAUCUUCAGUCAUGAGUGUCUUUAGAUGUUCUUGGAUGCACAGAACCAAAGGCUGCCAGCUGCUAUUGAUCAUUUAUCUAGCAUAAAGCCUAAGGUGGCAGCUUGGCAGAAGAGCAGGCAUUUCCUCUGGUGGCAGUUCAUUUUCUCCUUCAGUUGAAGCUGGCGAUGACCUUGGAGCUAGUGUGCCUGCAGAGCUUUCUUUCCACUCCCAUAUUUAUCAUCAUCUUUAAUCUGUAUGAUCACUGCACUUCAUCUCUCUGCCUCUCAGCUGCCUUCUGCCCUUCAGCACGAAAGGUGGUGGACAGAAAGGCUGAGCAAAGAAUAUGGCCUUCCCUAUUGCAUUAUCCCCGGGCUCAAGGGGAGCUGACUCCUGGAGGGGUCAUCUUAAAGUUAUGAUGCUCACGAGCAAGACCUUGCCUCCCUGCUCUCUAGGGCACUUGUGGAGUUUGAAGCUUGUUGGUUGGUUUGUGAUACUUUAAUAAUUACAAAGUAGUGACACCCGUUCACCUCAGUGUGGACUGAGUUAAUGACAGAGGAAACAACCUGUUCUGUACUUGCUUGCUUCUUUUUUUUGUAGGCAUCGUGUUCUGUAAAAGGACAACAGAGCCUGAAGGAAUUAGUAUGCAGGAGCAUCCGCUUUCCAUUUAAAAUGCACUAAGUGUGAUGUUUGCAACUAUGGUUUGAGGGGAAAAAAAAGCAGCCAGGGCUUGUAGAAGAGCUCACACUUUGAACGAGGCAGGUUUUCCCUUCAGCGUGCACUACCCCAGCAAAUACAUUCGCAUACCCCAGGCACUGAUGCUGGCUCCCAGCUGAUCUGCUUCUGUGAUAAAAGCAACCAGAAGCUGACAGAUCCUGAAGCUUGGAAAGACAUACAGGAUAAUCCAACAUAGCUGGUUUAUGUGUUUAUUUGGAAUCUGGUGCAGAUUUAACAAGCUGUCAUGCAAGAAAUGAAAACUCCAAGCAGCGGCCGGGAAGGUGGUGGGGAGGGAAGGCUCUCGGUGUGCUUGUGCUGCCGUAGACCUGGGACUUUGCUCGCUCUGUACUCCAGAAAGCAGCACAGCUGGGCUGCAGUGGCAUCAAGCUUUAGCUGAAACCCAGUUUCUCUGCAUGAUUCCUUAGCUCCAGAUCUGCUGAAGGCAUACAAUUUAGGUUUUCUUCUUUUUUUUCGGUGCAGAGUGAGCUCGUGUCUUCCUGCAGCCUACGCUGUAGGCCUGAAGAAAUGAAUGUGUAAAUAUUUUGUCUCUCACAGCAGCCCAAGGUCAUCUUUCUGGAACAGCAAACAGGCACAGAAUCCAAAGAAGAUCAGUCUGUCAUGUGAGUAAGGUUAGCAUCUGCACUUACAAAUGACAAAGGCUAUUAAUCCUUAUGCUGUAAUCCCCAAGCUGUUUGCCAGCUGGCAGCAGGAAGAUGUUCCUGCUCAACCCACACAGCUAUCCAUGUUUUUUCACCUUUAUGAAGCAGAUAUAGGUCAAUACUGACUGUAGCCUGGAUAAAGAACUUGGUAGAUACCAUUCAUCUCUUCUAGUGUUACAAUCCCUCUCUUCUCCAGACAAGCCAUCUGUACAAAUGAGGGUGUAAGAGGAGAGCUGUGCGCUGGGCUCUCCCUGUGCUGCUCCUUCAAAAUAGAAGGCUGAAGGUGAGAUUUUUUUUUUCCCCUUCUGCUCCUGACUUUGUCAUGGGAGGGUGAAUUUUGAGAUCUUGCUGCAGAGCUCAACAGCCUGAGCAAAGCUCUGUCACUAGAGAGGUCUUUACACACAGAGCAGGGAAAACUCAGUGCUUGUAGAAGGCAGAUAAAAGUCCAAUGUUGAGACUUUUUUGAUCCUAAUUUGGGAACCUGCAUGGGUUUUCGGUAUUGCCCAUCACAGGGACAUAAAAACCUGAAUCCUACGAGUUGAAACCACUGUUGAAGCAGGAGGAAGUCUGCCACUUGGCAGCGAUACAGGUAGGCUGUGGUAGUCUGUAUGAUCUUGCAUAACAACAAACUGUAUGGUCACCAUGUUGCAUCCAGUGAGUAUUAGGCAGCUAAGGUUGGAAAAAGUUGAAGAAGAGACCCAAAAGCCACAUGGGAGCUAUGAAGCUCCAUUCAGACCUGUUAGUUGCUCAUCUCUUUAGAAAAUUGGAAAGCACAUCGUUGGGUUUUACUUAACAAAAGUGGUUUAACAGAAGUCACAGCUCCUUGGGCAGCUGCAGGUGCAAGGAAGUGAGGACAUCACCUCCUGGCUAUUGAGUUUCCUCCUGGCUGUAAUAGGUGACCAUCAAAUAGAUACCAAAUACUCUGGAAGUGUCUAUCCCCUGUAACAUCAUAUCCAGCGUGGGAUGGUCUCAUUGAGUAACAAGAGAUGAAAAGCUGAUCUUGGCCAUGGGCGAAGAACGAGAAGGAUUCAGGAUUCAGACAAAAGCUAAAUUCUUUCCUGAGUCCCACAACCAUUAAUUAGCCUUGACCUCCAGGGAGGGCAUUUUAUUGUGCCGAAUACUUCCCUCUCCCUUCAUUUCUCAGACUUAGGAGAACAUUGCAAAUUUCUCUCUUCAUUAGCAGCUGGGAAAAGUCAUAUAAUUUUGCCAGCUUUCCUCAUCCCUGUUGUGUCUUGUUAACACUUUCCAGGUGCUUUUCCUUCACACCAUCUCCACCAUCGCAUCUCCCAUCCUGUCAUUAAUAUCUAUAGAGGUCUGCUCCAAGUCAGGUCCACGCCUGGUAGCAAUAUUUUAUGUUCAUGGUGCUCAGGAUAAAACCCGUCCUCCAAUCUCUUGCUGUCACUAUGUGGCACCUCAAGCACAAGUUUUCCAAUUAAACAGGUACCGCAUCUCUCCCGUAGUCCUCUGCUGGCACUGCUGUGGUUUUUGUCUUGCUGGGCUUGUAUUCUCAGCUGUAACUUCAUUGACUUUUUCCCAGCAGAGGGUUUUGUUUGUCAAGAAGAGUAAAUGAAGUAAUCGUUUGGUAGACUUAGCAUUUAAAUACUGCGUGGCAUUUAUAUGUGUAUAUAUAAAAACGGGUUUUUUUGUGGUAGAGUGCCCCCAGGCAUUUGCAUGAAGCACAUCUCAGUGUAUAUUUGGCUGUUGAUUUAAAUACACUGUAUGUAAUAAGUCAUUUUUAGUGUGUAUUGGCUUCUUUCUAUAUUGGAACGAUAUACCAUUUCUGGCAGGUACAGGUUUUUGUCAUCUCACUGCUGCACUCACAGCUGGACAGUGGCCACGGUGUGUGUGCAUCUCCUCUUUCCUCCACACGCCCUAUGACAUGGUAGUCCUUCCCCUCCACCAGCUUUGUGGGUGGACAUCCGUCGCUGCUGGGGUACGUUGCCGCAGGACAACGUUGUAAGCCUACUUACUGCAUCUCCCUCCUGGUAGGGGUUUAGUAGAAUAAUCCGCCUUUAAGAUUUUUUUUCCUUUCGUUGCUGUCAUAUCCUCAGCACAGACCAUGGGCAGGGAGCAAGCUGGUUGGUAUUCUGCGUAAUUCAGCCCCGUGGCUGAGGGUGCAUCAGGACUAAUAAAGACCUCAGCUCUCCUUUCCCAGCCUGAGAUGCAAGCACAAAAUUUAUCUAUAAAUUGAUCACUCUAAAUAAUAACAAUACAGACAAAUUAAUAAAAAUACCAGGUCCCUAACUUCUGUCAGUGCAAAAGCAAGUCUUCUAGAGCUUGAAUUUAUUGCUGAAUUAUUUUUAUGAUAAAUACAUCUAUGAAAGGAGAAUUGUUCAUAUUGUGAAGCUUAUAAGAAACAAAUUCCUGUACCCUUUUCACUUUUGUAAAGUUCAAAGAUUUGCACUGAAAAUUGCACCUUUGUUCUAGUUAAUAAAUGGCUGAUACUGACUGGUGAGGCCACCAGAAUGGUAUAAGCAUCAUUUCGCUUGCUGUGUCUGUGAUUGAAAGAGAUAUCUGAAGUGCAAAACCAUGAUAAAAAAGAUGAAAAAUAUGAUGAAAAGAUGUUUGGAUAUUCAACAGGAAGAGUGGUACGGGUUUAUUCUUAGCUUUUCAUGUACUUGACAAUGAAACAUUUUUAUUCUACUUAAGUGCUAACGUGCAUGAUCAUACAAUAUAUUGCCUCUCGCUAAUUAUAUGCUGUGUUAGGAAUACUAAUGUCUAGAUGAUAUCUGACUGGGAAAAAAAGCAUUAAACCCAGCUUCUGCAGAAUUCUGGGCUGAAAUUAUCCACACACACAUACAACCAUCCACACCUUAGAAACAGUCUUAUUUUGUUAUGGUGAACGCUGUUGUUACAGGUUUUUAUCAAUAAAAUUAGAAGCAGAUGGCUCAUGUACACAUGCAAAA